AUGAGCUCACGACCCAUUGGCCGCUGUGUGUACCGCCGCCAACAAAAGUUCCAACCAAGCGAACGCCGACUGAGAACCGAGCCGCCAACCAAAAACAUGCUGAUCUACUCUCUCGUAGGUGUUGAAACUCCGUCGCCCACCCAGCCAGGCAUCGUUGACAACUGCGACAAGUUCUGCUAUGUACAGAAAGACAACACAUGCGAGGAGGUUGCCGAGAAGAAUCACAUUAGCGUUGAGGAACUCAUCAAAUGGAACGAGGGUGCCGGUCCCGAGUGCCUCACCCUCUGGGCAAACACGUAUGCUUGCUAUCGCCGAAUGAAGCCACCGAAAGCCUCGUAA